AUGGCUCUUAAGGACACCGGAAAGACGCCUGUGGAACAGGAGGUGGCCAUUCACCGAAUUUGGACUACCCUAACCAGCUGCAACAUAAAAACCCUGGAGAAGGUGUGUGCCGACUUGAUCAGAGGUGCAAAGGUGAAGGGACCGGUCAGGAUGCCUACCAAGACUCUGAGAAUCACUACAAGGAAGACUCCUUGUGGGGAAGGUUCCAAAACCUUGGAUCGUUUUCAGAUGAGGAUCCACAAGCGACUCAUUGACUUGCAUAGUCCUUCUGAGAUUGUCAAGCACAUCACCUCCAUCAGCACUGAGCCUGGAGUAGAGGUUGAAGUCACCAUUGCAGAUGCCUAA